CGCUUCCACGAUGCUAGAGGCACGAUCCUCGACCGCUCUCUCUGCCGUGUGUGCUGCUGAGAAAGACCAGUCCCGGCAGCCAUGGCCGUUCGUGUCGGCUUUGUACCACACCUUCUGCCGCUCCGACGCAGCUUCUCCAGCGCGCCCGUGAGAAGGGCCGACUUCACCCAUGCGGUUAUCGGAGCUGGAGUUGUUGGACUCGCUGUCGCCCGGCGGUUGGCGUCGACAGAGGGCACGUCGACCAUUCUCCUUGAACGGCAUGCAUCUCCAGGGACGGAGACCAGCAGUAGGAACUCAGAGGUCAUCCAUGCCGGUCUUUACUACGGAACCGAUACGCUCAAAGCCCAAUUGUGCAUUCAGGGUCGUCAGAUGAUGUACGAGCUGUGCGCGAAACAAGGGAUUCCACACCGCAACACGAAGAAAUGGAUUGUUGCGCAGGAUGACGAGCAAUGGGGGGCCUGUCUGCGGGUGCACAAACACGCGCAGUCGUUGGGGAUCCCGACGCGGAUUCUGAGCCAGGAGGAAGCGCAACGGCGCGAACCCGAGGUGCGGGCGCUGGCCGGGGUCGUGGAGAGCGAAAGCACGGGGAUUGUUGACAGCCACUCGCUGAUGACGUAUCUGCACGGCGACUUUGAGAACAGAGGGGGUGACUGUGCGUUCCUGACGCCCGUAACGCGCAUCGAGGCCCUGGACGGUGGGCGGGCCGGGUACCGCAUCCACACGACCUCCGCCGAGGACGGCAGCGAGACCUCCAUCACGGCGGAGACGGUGAUCAACAGCGCGGGCAACUCCGCGUGCCAUAUCAACAACAUGGUGCUGCCGCCGGCGCGACAUCUCACACCCUACUACGCCAAGGGCACCUACUUCUCCUACUCGGCCUCCUUCCCGCGGCCGUCCGUGCUGGUCUACCCGGCCACCUUGCCCGGCCACGCUGGGCUGGGCACCCACCUCACGCUGGACCUGAGCGGCCGCAUCCGCUUCGGCCCAGACACGGAAUGGGUCGACGACCCGACCGACCUGCGGCCCAGCCGCGAGCGCCUCGCCACGGCCAUCCCGGAGAUCCGCGCGUACCUGCCCAACAUCGACGAGGCGGCCAUCGACCUGGACUACUGCGGCAUCCGGCCGAAGCUGGCCCGCGGCGGCAGCUCCGUCAACAACGGCUCCGGGUUCCAGGAUUUCAUCAUCCGCGAGGAAGAAGGGUUUCCGGGAUUCGUCAACCUCCUGGCGAUCGAGAGUCCGGGCUUGACCAGCUCGUUGGCGAUUGCUGAGCGUGUCCAUAGCCUUUUACAUAAAUAAUUAGAGUAUAUAGCUAGCCAUUCACUAGAGUCACCAA